AUGAUGAAGGAACAAUUAGAUUCGAAAACUAAUGUGACCCCGGAGGCCGUUCUCGCCAUUGCCAAAUCAACGGAACUAUUUAUAGCUUACCUUACAAAGAGUGCUCUGGAAUUAAGCGAAAAAGAGAAGAGGAAAACAGUCGCGUACAAGGAUAUCGGUAAUUUAAUUGUCGCACUAGCACAUGGUUUUACGGCGGCUGUCAAUGCAAAGAUCGUUAUUCAGCGCACCGCUGUGGUAUCAAGUCGUGAUAGUUUGGUGUUCCUCGAAGAUCUGAUACCGUCCAAAAUGGCGUUCAUACAAGCAAAGAAACUAGCCGAAGAUGUAUCAGCACAGAGGUUGGCAUAUGGGGACGACCCUGACGCGUAG